AUGAGUCCUAAAGUACCAAGCAAAGAGACGAAAAAUGAAGGAUAUAUAGCUAAUUUGAUUAAUUUCGAUGUAAAAAAUGCAAGUUGUCCUCUUAAACAAAGUGUACCAGUUAAAAGAAUUGGAGGUAUUUUCCUAUCUGCUCAUGGUGUUAAAGUUGAAAUUCCACCAUAUGCAUCCACUGGACGUAAUGAACGAAUUAUCUGCGCAGCAUUUCCAAGUACAGCCAGAGGAGCUAUAGGACCAUGGUUAGGUCCAGACAUGCGAAUGGCAAGUGAUGUGCAUAUGUUGUAUUCGCCAGUCAAGUUCAAAAUGCCAGUUGCUGUAUUUAUUCCUUUCUCUUUUGCUGCUGCUCGUGAAAUGUAUCAUCCAUCUGGAUCCAUUAGUGUACCAUUUGAAUACACAAAAACACUUGAUUCUAAAAUUUCAAUAUUUGACGGCAUUCAAUCAAGUAAAAAUUCGGCUAAACUAAAAGGGAAAUCAUCAUACUCAAUGCAUUUUGGAGAUGAUCUUUCAAAUGCACCCAGUUUAAUUGAUGCUAGAAGUGUUUCUCUACUACAAUGCCAUCUUGGAGAUGAUAGUUGGCAUGUAGUGAACAAGUUUACGAUUGUUCAGCCAACAAUUCCUUUUGUUGACUGGCCAUUAGAAGCUAGCAAAUUAACAUCACAAACAAGUCGAUGGUCACCAAAUACUGCUUCUUCAUGGGAUUUCUCUUCUCUUUCAAUGGAUUCGGGUAAAUCAACAAUGAAGAAAAGUAAUUUGAAGAGUGCUAAAAGUCAACAAAAUUAUCAUCAAUCAAAUGAUGACAAUCCACCAUAUGAUUUUAUGAAUAAAAUUGAAAAUUAUUGUGGUGGUGUUUUUAUUCACACAGAUGAAUUAAAUCAUUGUUAUGUGUUGGUGAAUUCAACCAAGGCAGAACAAUUUUGUAUAAAUCGUACUGGUGGAUUAUUUUUGUCUCCAUUACUUGAUCCAUUCUUAUCUGUACGUAUACCGAAAUGCGUCUGUCCUACUUCUGAACAAACUAUUUUCAAAAAAAUAGAAAUAAGAAAUAAUUUGUUAAAUUCAGCUUGUCAAUUCGAUUCACAACUCAAUGAAAUUGAAGGUUGUUCGGAUAUUUUUGAAUUUGAACUACGUAAUGUAGUAUUGAAAAGACCAGCAACAAUUCACUUACCAUUACCACAAUGGUAUAUUGAUAAAUGUAAUAAUAAAUCAUUAAGUUCUUCAGAACGAACUGGUAUCAUUGUGAAUGGUGGUGAAAUGGAUAGUUUACCAGUUACAGCUAUCAAUCAUAUAGAAAAUACAAGUAAAGCUUUAUCUACAGUGGAUAGAUUGACUGUUCUAUUUCAGCCAUCUGGAUAUAUUAAAAAAAUUGUUUGGCAAAAUGCUAAUGUUAAAGAAAUAAAUGAAGAUGAAAUAUUUAAAACAAAAUCAUUUGACAAUAUGGAUUGUAUGGAAUCUGGAAAUUCUUUAAAUUUUAAAAUAGAUAAUAUUUUUAUUCAGUUAGGAUGGUCAGAUUUGUUAGUUGGUAUAAGAGGUGGAUUAUGGCAUACAAUGAAACAGUCAGUUUAUUAUACUAAAAGAACAAUAUCAUUUGAUACAACAACUUUAGGAAAAUUUGUGCUAAUCGGAGCGCCGACUUCACAGUACAGAACAAAUGAUAAAUUGGAGCAUUUAAUGACACACAUUGAAUCAUUAGCGUAUGCUCCACCUGGUGCAAUGCUAAUUUGCCUACAAGUAACUGAAGAUAGUUGGCGAAUUAUGGCUAACGUUUAUCCUGAAACAGUAUUAAAUGAAGUUAUUGAAAAACUGAUUUCGGUUGGCUUUAUUCCACUUGUUCAAUAA